AGCAUUGAAGAGCAAACAUCAUUAUGAAGUACAUACCAGAGAUCAAUUACAAUGCCGAUGAUAAAGUGUGGAGUGGCCAAGAGCCACCCGCAUAUUUCGCAAAAGAUCUUUCUGUCGGAGAAGUCAUUUUCCAUGAAAUGCAACGCCAUCUAAAACUCAUUGCGCAGAUAUCCGCUUCGGAGAAUACGGUGCUGACAAGGGAAGAACUCCUCUUGAAUUCGAUGCGAGUGGCCAAUUACUUGAGGAAUAUGAAACUUGAACAAUCGGAUGUCAUUGGACUUAUUGCCAGGAAUACUACGCAUAUAACAGCUGUUGCCUAUGGCUGUUUCUUUAAUGCCAUGGCUUUUCAUUCGCUCAACAUAAAUUUCGAGCAGGAGAAGAUUGAACAUCUCUUCAACAUGACCAAGCCGAAGAUUAUAUUCUGCGAUGGCGAUGAAUACGAAAAGGUAAAGGCUGCCACAAAGGAACUGAAUGUGCCAAUUGUGACAAUGAGGAAUCACAAGGAUGGUUCCAUCGGCAUUGAGGAAGUUCUUAAGACACCCGUUGAUCAAUUCUUUCAACCUGCACGCCCAGAAUUGGGAAGCAAGCAGAAUUUGGUAAUUCUCUGCUCGUCGGGUACAACGGGAAAUCCUAAGGCUGUGACUAUGCCUAACAAUCCUGCUGACACCAAAAUUUUUCCUUUUGUAACCACCGUGGAUGUUCUGUACUCACCGAGUACUUUAGAUUGGGUGACAGGAUUACUUGUUACCAUUACAUCUGGAAUUCGAAGCGCAACUCGUAUAAUUUCAGAUAAACCAUUCAAUCCAAGUGAUUUAUUGCGACUCAUUAAGAAAUACAAGGUCACAUUUUUAAUGCAAGCUCCCCCACAUAUGGCGCUUAUGAUCAACUGUCCGGAAUUCAAUGAGGAUUAUCUGAGCAGUAUACUUUAUUGUAUAUACACAGGAGCCGGUUGUUCUUUGGAAGUGCAACAAAAAUUUCGCCAGCGGCUUUCACCUCAAAGUUUAUUCGUUUUUAGCUAUAGCUUUACAGAGUUCUGUGGCGUGGGAUCAAUUAAUUUGCACUUUGACCAGAAGCCUGGGUCAGUAGGUCGCUUAGCGGGUGGUUACAAGUUGAAAAUUCUAAACGAUCAGCGUGAAACUUUGGGACCAAAUCAAGUUGGUGAGAUUUGCUUGCACUCUGGCAAAUAUUGGGCCGGAUACUAUGGCAAUCCUGAGGAAAGUCGAAAGUUGCGAGACAGCAACUUGUGGUAUCACACAGGCGAUUUGGGCUAUGUUGAUGACGAUGGAUUCCUCUAUAUUGUGGAUCGCAAAAAGGAUAUGCUAAAGUAUUCAGGCCUAAUGUAUUAUCCCCAUGAGAUUGAAAACGUUAUUAGCCAAAUGCCAGAAGUUUCGGAAGUUUGUGUUUUCGGUGUCGUGAUUAAUAAUGAAGACGCCGCUGCUGCAGCAGUUGUAAGGAAAAUUGGAACCCAAUUGGAGCCUCAGGAUGUUAUUGAUUUUGUGGCGAAGAAUGUGCAGGCUAAGCAUAAGCAUUUGAAUGGCGGUGUCUUUGUGCUUGACGAUCUGAAGCGGACAAACAAUGGCAAAACAGAUCGACGUGCAACAAAAACAUACUGCCUAGAUAAGGUAGUAAACAACGUUAGGAUGAAGUACUUGCCGGAAAUCAGCUACAAUGCCGAUGAAAAAAUAUGGAGUGGAAAGGAGCAACCUGCAUAUUUCUCAGCCGAUUUAUCAGUUGGCCAAGUUAUUUUCCAUGAAAUGCAACGCCAUCCGAAACUUGUAGCUCAGAUUUCUGAUACGGAAAAUACGGUGCUGACAAGAGAGGAACUCCUCUUGAACUCAAAGCGUGUAGCUAUCUACUUAAGGAAUUUAGACCUUGAACAAUCGGACAUAGUUGGAAUCAUAGCAAGAAACACAACGCAUAUAUUCGCUGUUGCCUACGGCUGUUUUUUCAACGGCAUGGCUUUCCAUUCGCUCAACAUCAUUUAUGAGCAGGAAACGAUAGAAAAACUGUUUGAUAUCACCAAACCAAAGAUCAUUUUUUGCGAUGGUGAUGAAUACGAGAAGGUGAAAGAAGCCACAAAACAUUUGAAUCUAAAGAUUGUUACAAUGAGGAAUCACAAAGACGGUUCCAUUAGCAUUGAUGAAGUGCUUGCCACACCAGUUGAUCCAUUCUUCCUACCAGCAAGUCUCGAGCAGGGAGUUAAUCAAACCUUGGCUGUUCUCUGUUCCUCAGGAACUACUGGUACACCCAAAGCCGUCACAGUUCCUAACGCAAAUGUCGUGAAAAAUAUUCUACCCCUCGUGACUAUUUCCGAUGUUUUGUAUGUACACAGUACUUUGGAUUGGAUGACAGGUCUUUUCGCAGCAAUUACGACUGGAGUUCAAAGUUGUCUACGCAUAAUAUCGGAUGAGCCUUUUAAUCCCUCCGAUAUAUUGCGACUGAUUAAGAAGUAUAAAGUUACGUUUUUAGGUCAAGUUCCUCCGCAUAUGGCACAGAUGAUUAACUCCCCAGAAUUUGACAGCGACUAUUUAAGUAGUCUAAAGUUUUAUUUCUAUGGAGGGACCGGAUGUUCUCUUGAGGUUCAAGAGCGCAUUCGUCGAUGUCUGCCGCCAAAUUGUGUAUUUGCUUUUGGAUAUGCUUUUACAGAGUUGUGUGGUGGAGGAACUGGGAAUUUUCACUUUGAUCAAAAGACAGGUUCAGUUGGACGUUUAUUGGACGGCGUCAAGAUGAAGAUUCUCAACGAACAAAAUGAACCCUUAGGUCCGCAUGAGGUUGGUGAGAUCUGCUUAUACACCGGAAGAUUCUGGGCAGGAUAUUAUGGCAAUCCUGAGGAAACUCGCAAAUUACGAGAUAGAAACUUGUGGUAUCACACUGGAGAUUUGGGUUAUGUCGAUGACGAUGGAUUCUUAUUUAUCGUUGAUCGUAAAAAGGACAUGCUCAAAUAUAAUGUCAUUAUGUAUUAUCCACAUGAAAUUGAGAAAGUAAUUAGUCAAAUGCCAGAGGUGUCGGAAGUCUGCGUUUUUGGUAAACCAAAUACUCUUUAUGGAGAUGAAGCAGCUGCAGCGAUUGUUAGAAAAACUGGAGUUCAGUUAGAUCCUCAGGAUGUUAUUAACUUUGUGGCGAAACAUUUGCAACCGAAACAUAUGCAGCUCAAUGGUGGCGUCUUUAUAAUUGAUAGUCUGAAAUAUACUUCCAAUGGUAAAACAGAUCGCCGGGCAACAAAAGCAUAUUGCUUGGGCCAGAGAUGAAAAAUAAUCAUAAUAAUCGUAGCUAUAAUUAUUCAUUAUGUUCUUAAUAAAUUUAUAGCAGAGUUACGAAAAAUAUGUUGCGGCAAUUCGUAAAAUUAAUGUCGGAAUCAGCUUUUUAAAUAAACAGACAAUGUAAACAUAUUAAUUAUUCCAUAGUCUAAUCGGUUAACUUUUCGACCAAUCGGAUUAAAUAAUUGUCUUUUCAAGAGAAUAUGUUAUUACUAAGAAUUUGUUUUGAGCAUAUGAGAUUCAUUUAUCAGCACGAGACUAUUUGAUAGACCUUAUCACUUAACACUCUCUUGAAAAUUGAUCAUUUUAUGUAUUUACAAUGUAAUAUAAUUGAAAUUAUCUAACCCAUUAACAUGG